AUGGUGACAGCCGCCAGCGACGAGUUGAGGCGGCAGCUUGCCCCAACUGGCGUUCUACGAGCUGGAGUCAACUUGGCCAACUUCCUGCUGGUGACGGGCCACAGUGCCUGCGGUGCACCCGAAGGAAUAUCACCCGACCUGGCUGCGGAAAUUGCUCGGAGACUGGGCACCGGGCUUCGCCUUGUGCCGUUCCCCAACCCCAAGGAUCUGGGGGAUGCCGUGGAUGAAGGUUCUUGGGACAUCGCCCUCAUUGGAGCAGAGCCCCAGCGGGAAGAAAAGAUUGCGUUCAGCAAGCCGUACGUCGAGAUCCCCGCGACGUACUUGGUACCGGGUGGCUCCCAGCUGCAAGGCAUAGAUGAAGUGGACUUCCCGGCAGUUAGAAUCGCCUGCGUGGGGGGCAGUGCAUUUGGGCUUUGGUUGGACAAGAACAUCAAACGGGCUAGCGUCAUCAAGGCUGAUUCGAUGGACGGAGCACUGAAGCUGCUGCUGGAUGGACAGGCCGAUGUCCUUGCGAGCCUGCGCCAGCGGCUCCUCUCCGACAUCCUCGAAGUUCCGGGGGGCCGAAUACUGGAGGGCCACUUUAUGACGGUGAAGCAGGCCGUGGGCGCCUCACGCAGCCGCGGCGCCCGUGUGGCAGAAUUCCUCACCGAGACCGUGGAGGAGCUCAAGGCGAGCGGCUUCGUCGGGAGCCUCAUCGAGAAGCACGGGGUGGUCGGGAAGCUGGUCGUGCCCAUCGAGGGCCCUGCAACCAAGCGCCAGAGGACGAACGCGGCUGAAGGCGUGCAAACAGACUCCAUGGCUGGUGCUCGGCCAGUCCUGAACGGAGAAUCGCUUGAUGUCUCGCCGUGCUGA